AUGGAUUCUAACGUGUCCACAUACGCAACCCUACUGAGUAUAGAACCAUUGGAUUUAUUACCAGCUAGCAUUUUACCCGUGUUUAUAUUUGGAACCCUUACCUACUGUGCUAUUUUGUGUUUUAAUAUAACACUACUGCUAACAAUAGCUCUUAACCGAAAGCUCUACAAGCCGAUGUACAUGCUGUUGUUUAACCUGCCAAUCAAUGACAUGAUCGGCGCCUCGGCUUUGUUUCCACAGUUAAUGUCUAGUAUAUUAGCACAGAAUAGAACCAUCACCUACUCGGCAUGUUUCGUACAAGCCUUCAUGACACACGUGUACGGUGCCGGGUCACUCCUUAUUCUGACUGCUAUGGCUUAUGACAGAUAUGUCGCCAUUUGUUACCCACUGAAAUAUCACACCCUGAUGUCCCCAAAUAAUCUGAUGAGAAUAAUAAUCUCACUUUGGACUCUUGAUUUUUCUAUGAUCGGUACACUGGUUGCUUUAAACUACCGUAAAGAGAUUUGCAGCACAAAAAUAGUGGACACUUUUUGUAAUAAUCCAAGUAUAAUGAAGCUUGUAUGUGGGGACAUCAGGAUAAAUAACUACUAUGGACUGUUUGUAUUAUUUUUCUACCAGGGUCUGUCUCUUCUUAUAGUGAUCUUCACAUACGUUCAAAUCCUAAUCACAUGUGUUUUAAAGAGACAAUCUGACACCAAAAGCAAGGCGCUUCAGACCUGUGGUACACAUCUGGUUGUUUUUUUUUGUUUCGAAUUCAAUGCACUCAUUGCACAAAUGGCACACAGGUUUGAUAACGCAUCCCAACAUUUGAGAAGAGCACUCGGUGUUUCUGUGAUGAUAUUUCCUCCUUUUCUCAACCCUUUAGUUUAUGGAUUAAAAACAAAAGAGAUCAGACAAACCAUGUUUGUCUUCUUUCAUAGAAAGAUUUCUCCAUGA